AGCACUCAUGACAACUGCAAUUAUUUGAUGUGACUAUUUAUUUAUUUAAAGUUGAUCUUCCUCACUAGAAUGUAAGUUCCAGAAGGAUGUCAUGUUAUCUCCAGUUUUAGACACAUAAUAGGCAUUCCAUAAAUAUAUUAGUGUAUUGAACUCAUGCUGUUAAUACUAAGUACUCAAUCCAAAAUUAUUAAUUAAGUUAAUAACAAUGUACCUACCUAUAUAGUUUAAGUUUAAAAAAUUAGGCUCUCAAAAGAAAGUUCAAUCGUUGUACUGUUGGUAUUUGGCUCUGUUGACUAAUGAGUUUGCCGACCACUGCCCUAGGGGAUAUAAACUUAGUCCCAGGCUCUCCUUUAGUUCAAAGACAUGUAAUCACGAACUGCCCCAGGGAGUCCCCAGGGUGAACUUUUAGUUGUUCUUGCCUGGCCUGCUGUGCUGGCUCCUGUUAUGUAACUCAGCAGGAAGGUGGGGGCUGUGGUAAUUACGUGACCCCGCAGGUUGAGCCCUGCACUGGGCAGUGUCCCCAGACUGCAGAGGUGGAGCUGGAGGGCUGCCUGUGAGGUCAGGUGCUUGAUGGGUCAGCCCUGAGGGUUGGGUGAGAGGGAAGGGGCAGAGUUUGUAGGACUCUGAGGAGGCAGUUUGGGUUGCUACCACGAGAGGCCCUUGUGAACCCCGUCCCUCCGGCCCUGGACCUGGGUGUCUGCAGACACUCCCCCCACUCUGACGUCCACCCGUAUUGAGGGCUCCCUGGCCAUCACCUGGGGUGGCUCCUUGCAUGUCCAUCCUUCUGGGAAGUGGGGCUGGUUCACCUGUGUUGUGACCCUGGAGGACCGGGUGUUUACCCUGAAGCCUGGGUACCGGCUGUCCAGGGGGUGUUCUGGUCCGUACCAGCCAGGAGGUCUGAAGCAGUGUCUCUUGGGCUUGCGCACUUGGUCACCCACGGGCAUGCCUGUGAGGCAUGUUAAGGUGCACAGUCCUGGCCAGCCCAGACCUUCAGGUGGCCACGUGGGACGGGGCUCAGAGCUCAUCUCUGACAGGCACUUCCUGUAGUUUAAGAAGCACUGCCUGUGGUUUCGGAAGCUGUAGAAAUGAAACCAAGUGUGUUGGUUCUGGUACCUGAGACCUGUGCCGUUGCCCCAGGAUUUGGGGACAUCAGGAGCAGCAUCACCUUCAGUCCCUCCAGGACCGCGUGGAGCCUGGGCAGCAUGGCAUCCUCCAGCCAGAGGGUGGAGAAGCCAGUGUCCCCAGAACCCCAGGCGGAGCCCGGGCCGGAGCCUGGGCCGGGCCGCGAGCUUCAGUCCUGGCAGUGGCUGGUAUUCUACCUCUGCUUCUACGGCUUCAUGUCCCAGAUGCGGCCCGGGGAGAGCUUCAUCACCCCCUACCUCUUGGGCCCUGCUAAGAACUUCACGAAGAAGCAGGUCACCAAUGAGAUCACGCCGGUGCUGUCCUACUCCUACAUGGCCGUGCUGGUGCCCAUGUUCCUGCUGACGGACUACCUGCGCUAUAAGCCGGUGCUGCUUCUGCAGGGCCUGAGCUAUAUCGCUGUGUGGCUGCUGCUGCUGUUUGGCGACUCCGUGCUGCACAUGCAGUUCAUGGAGUUCUUCUACAGCCUCACCAUGGCCGCCCGCAUAGCCUACUCCUCCUACAUCUUCUCGCUCGUGCGCCCCGCCCAGUAUCAGCGCAUGGCCAGCUACUCCAGGUCCGCAGUGCUCCUGGGCGUCUUCACCAGCUCUGUGCUGGGCCAGCUGCUUGUCACUGUGGGCAAGUUCUCCUUCACCACGCUCAACUACAUCUCACUGGCCUUCCUCACCUUCAGCCUGAUCCUCGCCAUGUUCCUGAAGCGCCCCAAGCGCAGCCUCUUUUUCAACCGCAGUGAGCCUGCCCAUGGCGAGGCCUCGCCCUCGGAGCUGGACAAGAUGCACCCUGGCCCUGGCCAGCCCGCGGGCAGGAAGCUCUGCGGGACUCCGCUGGCGGGCUGGAGGGACUGGAUCCUCGUGCGCAUGCUCCGGGAGUUAGGAGCCAGCCUGCGGCUGCCACAGCUGCGCCUCUGGUCCCUCUGGUGGGUCUUUAACUCGGCUGGCUACUACAUGAUCGUCUUCUAUGUGCACAUCCUGUGGAACGACAUCGACCCCACCAAAGACACCACCAAGGUCUACAACGGUGGCGUGGAUGCCGCCUCCACUCUGCUCGGCGCCAUCACCGCCUUCGCCGCGGGCUUUGUGAAGAUCCAGUGGGCCCUGUGGGCGAAACUGAUCAUCGGAGGCGUGACAGCCGUGCAGGCCGGGCUGAUCUUCCUCAUGCACAAAACGGGCAGCAUCUGGCUGUGCUACACGGCCUUCGUGCUCUUCCGUGGCUUCUACCAGUUCCUGGUGCCCAUCGCCAUUUUUCAGAUCGCGUCUUCUCUUUCUAAGGAGCUCUGUGCCCUGGUCUUCGGGAUCAACACGUUCCUUGCCAUUGUUCUCAAGACCAUCAUCACCCUCAUCGUUUCCGACAAGCGGGGCCUGGGCCUCCACGUCCGAUCCCAGUUCCUCGUCUACUUUGGGUACUUCGUGGUGCUGUCCAUUGCCUACUUCUUGGGAGCUGUGCUGGGGACCCUGUGGCACUUCCCGAGGAGCCACCACCAGCCCCUGCCCCUGGCCCAGGAGCUAAGGAGCCCCUCGGGGGAGAAAGCUGCUCAGGUGCUGAGCCUGCAGGAUGGGGUCCUCAGCAACCUGCAGCCCGAAGCCACAACCCUGGCCCCGGAGGACGGUGCAUGGACCGCAGGACCAGUCCUGAGGGACCAGCGCGCAGCCAAGGCCUGACCUGCUCUCUCUGCCCAGCUCAGUGAGUGGCCAAAUUCUGACACCAGAGGCAAUGUGCUCUGCAUCCUCCAACAUCCUCACUGAGCCUGGCGCCCUGACAUCUCAGAACUGUCCCAACCCUGACAGGGUGCCGGUCCCUGUGGCCUGGCGCCCUGGCAUCUCAGAACGGUCCACCCCUGGCUGGGUGCCGGUCCUCGGAAUCAGGAAGCUGGGUUUUUGCAAUAUUUGAAUUCUACUGUUCACAUUAUGGUACCAAUGACCAAUGGGGCCCCUAUGACACACACCUUGAGGGCCACCUGCCUCGGCCAGUGGUGCCUUGGCUUGUCCUGCGGUGUCCCCAGACCCUGCACCUCUCAGGCCUCACAUCCUGAAUACGUACGCUCUGUAGUCUGCUGGGGACACUGGCAGCUGCCGGGCACUGUGGGUUGUGUCCCCUGCCUACACAUGGCCAGUGGUGGGGUUCCACAUGCCCACCAGGCCUCCCCGCCUUCACUCCCCUUGGGAGGCAGAUCCCACUGGUCCCUGGGGACUGGGGAGAUGGCCCCAUGUGCUAGCCCGAGUGACACCAGCCCCUGCAGGCUGUCGUGGGCCCUGUAGGGUGGUGGUGGGGGCCUGGGUUCCCAGGGCUCGUGGCUAAACUGACAUUUCUAGUUGCCCUGGUACUCAUGUUUUAAACAGUGCUGUGCUCCUAUUUUUUUAACUGUCAUGAAUGUGAACCCUACUGGUCCUCUGUUUCUGUGGGAGAAGCUGGUACUGGGGCAGGCAGGCGUUUCCCCACGGGAUGAAAUGGGGGUGCUGCAGUCUUUGGGAGCUGGCUCCUUCUGGGCCCCGGGCCCUGUCGUCCUUCCCCUUCCUGAUGUGGGUUAACACUGGCCCAACUCACUGGUGAUGGAGGCCACCUGGGCUGCUCACACACCAGCCCGGAGGACAUGCCUCCUGGGGCUCCAGGAACCAGUCAUGUGGUAAUGUAAGACUUGAAACAUUGAAUAAACCACAUGACCCGAG